AUGACUACCAAAGACUCUCACGAUAAUGUCGAAGUCAGUAUACCGACUAUAUCUCACGACAACAAAAUUCACUAUGCAAAACGGGGCGAAGUAAUAUCCCAGUUACCAAUAGACGAAGCAAUUGAUGGAUUCCAGGCAGAUAGCCAAGGCGCACGCACGCUUCUCACUGCCGAAGAGGAGAAGAAGCUACUAAGGCGCAUUGAUUGGCAUCUGAUGCCUUUGUGCUCACUUAUUUUUAUGUUUAAAAAUUUAGAUUCAGACAAUGUAUCGAAUGCUCGAAUUAUGAACCAGGGAACUCAUCAGAAUAUUAUGAAUCAGCUUGGCAUGACAUCAGACGAGUACAAUCUAGUAACGGUAGUAUACUAUUCACGAAUCAUAGUUACGUGGGGUAUUUGUUUGAUGCUACACGCUGCUGUACAUAAUAAAGGCGGCCUUUAUGCUACGAGGUUCUUUCUUGGAUUGGCAGAAUCGGGCCAGUUCGCGGGAAUCCUCCUUCAAAUGUGUUACUGGUAUCGACCAGAUGAGAUGUCACUAAGACUCUUGUACUUUUGUGAGUUCGUUGCCACAAUUUGGUCUUUGCUAUUUCUCACCGAAGGAGCUGUGACGAUUGUGUUCGGAAUCGCUGUGUGGUUUCUACUUCCAGAUUUUCCGGAGACGGCAAGCUGGUUAACAGACAAAGAAAAGGCUUUUAUUCAAGCUCGACUACCUGCCAACGCUCCUCGGGCCAAUGAACAAAAUUUUAAACUCAGCGAAAUCGUCGACUCCCUUAAAGAUGUCCGACUCUGGCUAUUCACCCUGAUCUGGGCUAUUUACACAAUUGGCACGAAUGGCGUCCGCUUCUAUCAAUCGACAGUCAUUGCCAAUUUGGGGUUUACAAACAUUGCGACGGCUCAGAUUCUCAACAUACCCAUUACGGCUGCGUCCUUAAUUCUGAUUGGGGCCUCUGGAGUUUUCGCUGACAAUGGCCGGUAUCCCAGGCCGCUUUAUCCAAUCGGAUGUCUGCUGAUAAUAAUUGCCUGCUACGCAGUUCUUGUCGCUUAUCCCAAUAAUGCCGGUGUAUAUAUCGCUACACUCAUCGGAAACAGCUGUGCAGCAGCAUGGUAUCCGCUCAUGUGGCCCUGGAGAGUCCAGACCACAAGUAGAGCAACAGGCUCGGCAUUUUCGAUUGGGUUUGUAAACUCGUAUGGCCAGAUUGGAGGGGCGGUGGGACCUCAGAUCUUCAGAAGCAAAUACGCUCCUCAUUACACGGUACCAUUUGCUGUGGCCAUGGCCUUGGUCGCCCUGUGUAUGCUGGUCACUCUUCUGACGUGGUGGGUUACGAGAAACACAGAGAGAGAUACCAGGACUCUUAAGCUGGCGCGCAAAGCUGCCGAAGCCAGAAAUGAGACGAUUUUAGAAGAUGUGGUUGAUAGAGACUUGAGCUAG